AUGCCCUCAUCUCUAGACCCCCAACAGCAGCCUCAGGACCUGCUCGUCAGUGCUUCUCUCCUGCGGAAGAUUGACAAACUUCGGGAGAGAAACAUCGGCACGCAUGUAGCUUUGCCUCAGGUAUGUGCAUACCCAACCCCGUUUUUAUCGCUUGCCUGUGAAUCCAACAAGCUCGUUGUUGUGGGCGACCAAAGCUCUGGCAAGUCCUCGCUCCUCGAGAGUUUGACAGGCAUUCCCUUUCCGCGGGACGUUGAGCUUUGCACCCGCUACGCAACCCAGAUUACCCAGAGGCGUGAUGAUGUCUCGCGCGUCGAGGUCCGCAUCAUCCCGGGACCGAAUGCCUCAGAAGCACACAAGAAGCACGUGGAGGGGUACCGGGUCGAAGGCCUCACGCCCAGUGCUUUCCGGGACAGCUUUCCAGCCAUCUUGAAAAAGGUUAACGCUAGGAUGGGUAUUCGAACGAAUCCCGACUCUCCUCCGGAACCCGAGAAUUCGUCGGACGAUGCCAACUCUGACGCUGACACGCCGGACGAGGACUCUGGUCACAGGUCCAGGGCCACUGCCAAGCAAAAGCCGUCGCGGGGAGGCAGCGUGUUCAGCGAGGAUGUGCUCAAGAUCGAAAUUUGCGGCCCGUCGGUCGACUAUCUAACCGUCAUCGACGUGCCGGGCAUCUUCCGUACCCCGACUGAGGGCGUCACGACCAAAGAUGACAUCAGCAUGAUCCGGAACAUGGUGCGAUGGUACAUCCAGGACAGCCGCACCGUUAUCCUGGCCGUGCUUGCCAGCAAUAUCGACAUCUCCAACCAGGAGAUCUUGACGAUGGCAGAGGAGUACGACCCGGAGGGUGAGCGUACACUCGGGAUUCUCACCAAACCUGACCUGGUACCGGAGCUGAGCUCGAAAAUGGCGGUUUGCAACAUCGUCAACGGAAAGAAGAAACAGCUCAAGCUAGGCUACUACGUCGUCAGGAGCCGCGGUGCCGACCAAGGCGAUGCUGAUUUUGGGCGUCGGGAAGACAUGUUCAAGGAGGCGCCGUGGAACAGCCUGCCAGCAGAUCGAGUUGGUGUUAGGGCACUCAAGGCGCGGCUGGCGGAACUUCUGGGACAUAUGGCUCGGCGGGAGUUCCCAAAGUUGCGCAAAGAGAUCAACGUCAAGCUCCAGAAUGCUGAGCGGGAACGAGCCACGCUCGGCCCUUCGCGGAAGGAUGAGCACGAACAGCGCCGCUUCUUGAGUGCGAUCGCUGGCAGGUUUCAGGGGUUGGUGAGGCAGGCACUCGAAGCCCAGUACGCUGGCAACAGCGCAUUCGAUAACUCGAUAGAGCUUCGGCUCGUGACGCAGGUCGUCAACCUCGCAGAUGAUUUCAGCGAGGAGUUUGCGGCCAUGUCAGCCCGGCGCAAAUUCAAGACCGUGGAGGACGCCGCUGUUGUUCCGACGGCAGCGUUCUACGGGUUGACCGAAAGUGUACUCGAGAGCGAAAACGAAGUAUUGGACUUCGCCGAUACUUUCGAUCCGGAAGAUUACCCCGAACUAGAGGGUCUCAUUAGCGACGAAGCGGUGGAGGCACCCGAAGAUGGCAUUAUGGAAUGGAUGAAGGAAUUGUACACGAGGUCUCGCGGAAUGGACAUCAGCAACAUCAACGGCACGGUUUGGGCAACCGCAUGGAAAGAGCAGUCAAGCAAGUGGCCGUCUAUGAGCAAGACCUUCAUGGGCAAGGUCAUCAUGGCCAUCCACCGAUUCGUCCUCGCCGCGCUCGACGACGUAUGCGUUGACGACAACGUGCGCGGUGAGCUUUGGACCGCCAUCCUCGAUGAGCUUCUCCACCGGUACGAGGUCGGGCUCCAGGCGGCCGAGUUCCUGGUCGCUGCAGAGCGGGAUACCAAACCGUACACACUGGAUCACCGGUUCAACGAAAUCCGGCAGCAGUCGCGGGGCCUGCGCAUCGGUAACCUCCUAAAACAGAAAAUAUUUGGCAGUAUAAACAGCCCAUUGGUCAGCAUCGGCGACGUUCAAAGCGCCACCGAGAAGAAGUCCAACAUUGAGGACGUGGUUGAGAAGCUGCACGAUGAUCUUAACGCGUACUACGACAUCGCUCAAAAGCGAUUCGUCGAUAACGUGCUCAAUCAAGCAAUCAACUACCGUCUCUUGUUCGGGCCGUCCACGCCGCUGGGUGUGCUGAGCCAAGAAUGGGUUAUUGGGUUGAGGGCCGAUCAACUAGAAGCCAUCGCGGGGGAGUCGCCGAGCGUCAAGGAAGCGGCCUCAGCGGGGUACAUACCACCGCACUUCCCACAAUCCGGCUCACAGCAGCAAUGCGCCGUUCUCACGACGGAAGCACCAAUGUCAGCCCUCCCUAAUGGCGCCGUCACCGCUUCGAAAACCAAGCUGCCCACAACCAAGAGCAGCGACACCCCGUCCCGUGCCCGCUCUGCCACCAUGACCUCCACAAGUAUGGCCACCACCACCACCUCGAAACAAAUCCCCAGAAAAGAACUCGACCCUUCCGCCUCCCUACGAACCGCCACGACCGCUUCCGAUAUCCGCACAGCCCUCGCCGCCCUCCACGCCCGCGAAUCCUCCCUCACAGCCAACCUCGACACGCUGGUAGACAACCAUGCGAACCUCGGCCGCUCCCUGUCCCGCCUGGAUAACCUCCGGGCGGGGCUCGGCGCACAGGUGAUCGCAGCGCGCGGCGUGUCCAAUAAUAUGCUCGCGUCCGCAGCAGAUACAGCGGCCAGGCUUUCAGGCCGGGUGCGCGCGCUCGACCUGGAGAAGCAGCGCGUGGAGGACACGCUGCACGUGGUUGAGCAGGUGGCGGAGCUGAAGGCUUGCGUGGCCGGUGUUGUGGGUAGCAUGGGAGCGCCGCAGGACUGGGAAGCUGCUGCUGGGUACAUCAACCGCGCUGCGCGCGUGCCGGACGAGAUUGUACGUGGCGGGUUUGCGGCUGCUGUUGUUCCAACGGUUGAAGUGCCCGAUCCGCCGUGGGUUACUCUGGAGCAAGCUAGGGAGAGCUUGUGUAGCUUAUUUUUGAGGGGGUUCAAGAAAGCUGCUGAGGACGGCGAUGCUGCCAAGGUCACGCGGUUCUUCAAGUUGUUCCCGCUGAUUGGGAGGGGGGAUGUCGGGUUGGAUGUGUAUGGGCAGCACGUUUGCCAGGGCGUAGCGGGUGAAGCAAGGGCGUCGCUAAAAGAAGGGACGGCCCCCGGCGGCGGGCAAGGGAGAAAAGACGGGGUGUUCUUCGCGAACGCCCUCACGAAGCUAUUUGACCAUAUCGCGCGUAUCGUGGAGGCGCACGGCGGGUUGGUGGAGCGGCAUUACGGGACGGGUAAGAUGGUCAGAGUCAUUGAGCGGCUACAAAUGGAAGCCGACGUGCAGGGAGGCAUCGUCUUGGAUUCGUGGAGCGACGAGCGGGCAGUGGACCGGCGUUUGACCGACGUCAAGAGCUACCCUUUUUCCUUCUUAGUACAAAGCUUUUUGCCGCAGCAGCGUGGCUUGGGGGGGACACCACGGGUGAACUCGCCUGCCGGCGGCGGCGGCACCAACGACGCGCGCAAUAGCGAAGAUGAAGGUGUUAAUAUGAGAGAGGUGGACGCGUUACUGGUUGAGAUUGCGGUGAUGCUUGAGAAGUGGUCGGUCUACUCCCGCUUUCUUGCUGGGAAGUGCAAGGAUCCUUCCUCGUCCGACGAAGCACCCCUCAUUGUGCCCGAACUCCUUCAAAAGUCUAAUCUACACCGAAAGGUGUCCGGGAAGCUUGUGGGCCCAUAUAACGCGUUGACGACCUUCUAUUUCCGCCGGUCCGUUGAGAAAGCGUUCCAGCUCGACGAAUCGCCCCCAGGCCUGUCUCUUAACAUGAGCAGGUCGAUUGAGAGCAACCCCCCCUUCAUUAUCUCCGCUGUCGACGUUGUCAUGUACAUCGUCAACACCGUCAUCCGACGCUCCAUUUCAACGUCCCAACGAAGCGUUGUCGAUGCCGUGCUCCCAACAAUAGCCAGCCUUCUCGGGUCUGACUUCGUUGGGAUGAUCCAACGCAAAAUGCGCGACGACUACUACCCAAAACCAGUAGUUCAGGGUAACCUGCCGCCCGAGAACAUCAUCAUCGCCUUCAUAGUACACAUCAACAGUCUCGAUAUGGCCAACGACUACCUCGCCCGUAUCGUUUCCAACUUCCUCAGGUCUACGGACCCUCAACAACACCCCAAUGGGGCUUCGCACGAGAAGUCGCUCCGAGAUUCCUUCCCCUUUGAUAAUGACGCAGGCGAUGUCGCCACACGCCUCAAUAAUCUCAACACCUCUUUCUCUGCUAAAGCCACGGAACUGCUCACCGAGGGCGUCAAAGUGCUCUUCAACCAGGUCAUCAAACUGCGUCUACGGCCUGUCCUUAGUGAUACCUUCCGCGACGCCGAUUACACCCUCACCGAGGACGAGUUGGCCGAGCUCGCGGCUCAAAACGACCGGACCGAGGACGAGCUCCUUGACCAGGUCCCGCGUGUGUUUGAGCACGGCUGGGACGCGUUGAUGCGGCCCGUUGCGCGCCUCAUGACGGCCCGUACAUACACUAUGCUCCUUGAGUUGACGUCUGACUACCUAGCGAGGGUCUUAGAGAAACGGGUAUGGAGCUACACGGGCGGGCGAACGAGCCCGUAUGGGGCGAUCCGACUGGAGCGGGACUUUGGUGGGAUUAUUGGGACGAUCAGUAAGGGGAACUAUGCGGUGCGGGAGGCAUUUGGGCGCACGGCGCAGGUCCUGAUGGUGGCGAAUAUGGAUGAGGAGGAGUGGGAGGAGAUGCUGGGCGAGGAGGGCCAGGAAGGGGAGAUGGAGUGGGUAUUGAGUGAGGAUGAAAGGAGGAGAGCUAGAAGCAUCGUCCGGGGUUGA